AUGGUGUACACUUCGUUGACUGAAGCUCCUCAUAACCUCAAGGAGGGUAUUGACUGGUUAAUGGCUCUUAAGGGAACUAGUGACGAGAACAACUUAAUGCAUAUGGUUGGCACAAUUCACCAUCUAUUCUCAGAUCACUCUGCUGGAAAUAAUCCGUUGCCGUCUCUCGAUAAAAUUAAGAGCAUUUCUAAGGAAUUUCUAGAGAAGCCGGAGCUGAGAGAUAAUAUGUUAGUGAGAAUAUUGCUGAGUAGAUUCUAUACUCCGGCUAGUGCCGCAAAUACAGGGUCUAGGCACUAUUGGCAUAGACAAUUUAAUGAGUAUGGACGCGUCGUAGGAGUCAAGGGGGCCGAACCUGAAUACAUCAAAGACUGCUUAAGCAAUGUUAUGGAUGGUUUUGGGAAGCUCUUGGAUGAUAUCAAAACCCCUGACCAGUACGAGUCUUCUUACAGCUCAGAAGCGACGUGGGAGGCAUCAUGCGCAAAAAAUCCUGAAGCUUGCGCUGUAGUUCUCGUGGGUAUUGCCCCAAUGUUGUACGCAGGUUUAAUAUCUUUAUGGGGUACAACCGAAUCUAAAACUGGAGAGUUCCACCGGUACGCGGGAUCAAGGAGCUUUGGGGAGGUGCUGAGAGCCUUGGGUUACGUACAGCCUCAAUGCCGCUCUGAUAUAAAUGGCUCAGAGAUAUUCAAGAAUUUUAAAGGGUUGGAUGACGAUUUACUACAUAAUACGUAUGAUCUUGCCGGAUUUGACGUUUUCUAUGGAUCGAAAACGCCAGUGCCUGAGAAAGCUGAACCUUCUGCAGAAUCUACGUUACGUGCAAAAGUUCGCAAGUUCUACAUGGGCAGCAGGGAAGUAUACGGAAUACCAGGGGUUGACGUUGACAUGGGUUUGGUGAAUGCCUGGAAUUCUAAAACAUAUCAUAAUAAGCGUCCCAAAAUCUCUACUGCUUCCGCCACAGGCAACUUCCAGUCUCCUGGUGCGCCCACAGUGGCGAACAUGGACGCUGCUAGCCCAUUUUAA